GGCUUAUCCGCCAAUAGGGAGCAGACCGCACCUUUAGCUCGUACUUUGAUCCAAGCUCUCGCGCUCACGUUUGUUGGGAAUGUCGUCGUCUUCUUACAAAGAUAUAGCGCCGCGUCCACAAGACUUAGCUGCUGCUGCCGCUGUCAGUAAAGCAGCUACUAUCAGGGGCAGACCGUCACGAGUCACAGUCGCAUGUCUGCCCUGUCGUGCCCGACGCACCAAGUGUGACGGUGGCAGACCAACAUGUCGCUCCUGCUCGGAGAGGAACUCACAAUGCGGAUAUAAUUUACCCACUGGUCCAUUGCUCGUUCAAGCGCAAAAAAGAAAGAUUGAAGAACUGGAGGAUGAUAAAAGCUCGAUGUAUGAAGUUUUGUGGUAUCUACAGACGACUUCCCCUGAUAAAGCCACAGCCCUGCUGCAGCACCUGCGAGCUGCUCAAGGUGAGGAUCUAGGAGUAAUCUUCAAGAACUUCGAAAUGGGUCGUCGCAGUUCGUCUGAGUCUAUACCUGCGUCCGGAACCAACGUUGAUAGUAACGAAUCUCCACUGACAACGACGGAGUCUCCCUCCUCGACGAUGCUUGCUGUACCGGAAAUCAUGGACCACCCCCGAUUUUCCACUGUUCGAAAGAGUCAGACUGAAGUGACAGGCAUCACUCUGGUUGCUCCACAUCAUGACAGCGCGAGCGUCUCCAAGAUCCACGGCCCACUAGAGAUGUUCUUCAACUGCGUGGGAGCGCUUUUCUACGUUAUGAACAGGGACGACGUUCAAUCAGACAUUGAGGCAAUCAAGGCCGCAGGGAAUGAAAAUGUACCACUUGGAAACAUGUUCAGCAACGGAAGUACGAUCCGAAUCCGUACUUACGCCGCAGAACUCGCUGGUAUGGCAGCUAUUGGUGUCAUACAUUCACAGCUAGCCGACCCCAUGAAGGCGCCGCCACCCGAGCUGGCUGACUACUUCUACGCGGUUGCCAAACAUGGACUAGACUCCGCAAUCUUGUAUGACCCGUUCCGAGCGAUGAACGUCUGCGCGCUGCUUGGGAUGUACAACAUAGUCGUCAAAGCUACGGUCGCUCUAGCUUACAUUGAACUUGGUCUGAGCCUUCCUCGUAACCGCAAGAUAUGCCUCGAAAAAUGCCCACCAGACUGGUCUCCAGCCUACUAUGACGACAUCCGUCGUACACACACGACUCUCGUCCAUUUGCAAUGCUGGCUAAACGCGUCUCUUGACUACAGCUCAGACUCAUUGGUCUUCAAGGUCCAGUCAUCUCUCGAUGGGUUGGAUGUACCACCCGAGGACAUGAUUCGACGCGAAUGCGUCAAAGUUUCUAUCAUCAAGGCAAGCUUACUUCACCGUCUACCAAGCAAGGCACCGGUACCCGAAAGUAUCACGCUCGAGUUUCGCGCGCAACUAUCGAGAUUUCACGCGCAACUCCCGAGCUGGAUGUCAGUUGCCGCACUGUUAGGCGGUGACAACAGCUCACUGAUGGCCACAUUUCGUCCAGUCAUAUUCUAUGUCCAUCUUUUCUAUCUUUCAGCUAUGAUGCUACUUUCCCGACGGUUGAUCAUCGCAUACAUCCCGCUCGAUUCAGCUGGUAUCAUAGUUCUUCCACCAGAAGCACGACGGGCUAUCGAGGAAGGAUACCAAGCUGCGGAACUUAACGCUUCCGUUAUGAGCCUAAUGCUACAAGAAGGGAAGGUGGUACAAGUUUGCUGGCUCUGCAUCUAUACGGCCUAUACGGCGGGAGUCAUGAUCGCUCACCAGGCAUCGCAAAAGGCUGUGAAUAACGAGCCGUUCACUAAUGACGUAGAACUGCUGGGCAAAUGCAUCGGUGUUCUCGAGUACUGUGCGAUCAAAGAUAUGCUUGCCGGAAAGUUUCGCAGCAUCCUUGCAGCUUAUCUGAAGAUGCUUCAAGAUUACAAACUUACCACGGGGGACUCUGGAGAUUUCGCGACUCCCCUCACUUCUUCGUCGAGUGAUAGCCUCUUCAUCUUCCAUCGUGGCUCAUCUGAGCUCCACGUAGCAGCUCUUGGUCUGCUUCAAACCAUACAGCGCCCAUUCAGCGGCCUGAAAGACGUCGCGACAACAACUACGCUCUCGAAUCGCGCGGAGACAAGUAUGGGUACCCACCUCGAGUGGGAGUACGAGCUCAAGAACAGAGACGGUUCAGAGGCAUCACUGAAAGAACAUGAAAGUGCACAUGCAACUGAUGACAUAUGCGAGCCAACCAAAACUCUGUUUUCCGGAGGUGCCGGUGCAGUGGGGACCGUCGUCAGUCGGGCGAUUCUCGAGAGUGGCGGAGAUGUCAUUUGCGUCGAUGUCACCGACCCCGUUACCGAGACUUGGGAGUCGAUCCAAGAAGUUGCGCAUGCUAAUGAUACCCGUGCGUUGUUCCAACGCCUCGACGUCCAGGAUGAACCCAGCAUCACAUCAGCCUUCAACACCAUCCGUGCUAAGCUUCGCCAUCCGAUCCGAGGGCUCGUCUCCUGCGCAGCAAUAUCCGGCGAAAGUGAUGCCUGCUCGUAUCCCAUCGGCACGUUUCGCAAGAUCCUCGACAUCAACAUCUCCGGCACCUUCCUCAUCGCCCGUGCCGUAGCGAACGAAUUGCACAACGCCAACCAAUCGGGAAGCAUCGUCCUAUUUGCCUCGAUAUCAGGGCACAUUUCCAAUCACGGAAUCAAUACUGCUGCGUACAACGCUUCAAAAGCGGCAGUGCACCAACUCGCCCGUUCUCUUGCCGCGGAAUGGGGUCACCCACAGAAUACUUUUCCCGGUAGCACGGUCACAGAAACAAACCCAAAUCCCAGCCAAGAGCCACGAAAAGCUUAUCCGCCGAUUCGUGUCAACACUAUUAGUCCCGGACAUAUCGAUACGCCUCUGAGCGCGGAAGCGCGGAAGAGGGGGUUGACGGAUGAGUGGGCGAAACAGAAUAUGCUAGGGAGAAUUUCGGUGCCCGAAGAGUUCCGAGCGCCGGUGUUGUUCUUGCUGGGUGAGGGAAGCAGUUAUGUCACUGGUUCUGAUUUGAGGGUCGAUGCUGGGCACUGCGCAUGGUGAAGUUCGAUGAGAGAUAAACUUAUCGAUUCAUGUGUUCGAAAGACGUAAAGGUAUAUAUAUAUACAAGAAGGAUUCUAGGGAGUAAGAAUAC